CAGCGGAUCGGCGGCUGCGUGCGGGGAGCUCCGCAGGAGCCCAGCCCGGAAUGAAACAAGCUGGAGCCUCAGGAGAGAGGAUCUGUUCGCUUGGAAAAGUCUUUAAGGAAUCGAUCGGGAGAUGCCGGUAAGAGAAGUUGCUGAAAGACAAGCUGGAAUGGCCAGGAGCUGCGCGCCGCCGGCCCCGUCACACACCGGAGCAGCUGAACUUUGUGGGGUCUGAACAUUUUUCUCCUCUGCGAACGCUCUGGGCAGCGCUGACGGGAGAGCCAGGACGGCACCGCACACCUUGAGCCUGGGGUAGUGCCAAGGGGGGAUUUCUGUCUCUCCAAGGACCAUCGCCUCUGAAAAAAAAAAAAAAAAAAAAGCUGGAGAAGGGCAAUUUAUCUUUCUUUUCCAGAUGACUGAAAAUAUCUACAGGAUCCUGUCUCUCCGGUUUCCAUCGGUGAGUAGCAUAAGGGACAGGCAACUGAGGAACAAAAAUGAUAUCGGUCAAAAUCAUUCCAGCACCUACUUUCUCCUAAGGAACUUCAUGCCCAUAGGGGUUUUCUGUGGGCAUUUCCAAGAGUGAGACCGAGGUACCACAGAUACAUCCCUACCGGAUCAUGUAAGAAUUUGCAAAUGAGAAACGUACCCCAUCCAGACCUUCUCUGCCCGCUUUGCAGUACAUGGUUUGGUGUCAGCACAGCAAUUCUCACCUCUUUCUCUCCCUUUUAAGUCUCUUGAGCUUGGAGACCUCUUUCCUCAUUGCAAUUAUGAUUAUUUGCAACAUCAGUGCCAUCAAAGAUUGGAGCACUUUCCUUUCCCAAAUCCUCCCCAGCGUUAACAAGACUCUGAACUUGGUACAGCAAGUGGAAGCCACCACCAGCUCGGUGGUCAGUGUCCUCCAGGACCCCGAACAGGACAACUACCUGUCCAACAGCCAGUCCAUGAACUCCAGCAACUUCACAGCUGGCCUGGACCAUUUGUUCCAGUACUCAUACUCGGACAAUGACCAGCUCUACAAGGAGUACAAACCCCCUCCUCGAGACGCCAUUCCUCUGCCCAAGGCUGUCCUCUACCUCCUCAUGGCAGCCCUGGUGGUGGUGGCAGUGGCAUAUGCCAUCGUCGGGCAUCUCAUCAAGGACCUCAUUUACGACUUUGUAGACUGGAUCUUUGGCCCCAGCCCAGAUGACAACAGCAACAAGAGCGACAUCAACUGCAUCAGCAACAGCGUCAACGAGAUGAGCGAGAUGCCCGAGGCGCCGCGGCACCGGGAGCGCCAGCCCCAGGACGUGGUCAUUGCCAUCAGUGAGACUUGCCACUUGCCACAGCAGACGUGACCGGCGCCACGGCCGGGCCAGGCGGGAUGGAGCAGCGGGAUGGAGCAGCGGGAUGGAGCAGAAGGAUGGAGCAGUGAAACAGUGCAGCAGCCACCUUGCAGGACCGGGCAGGGAGAGGAAGGGAUGGGCAGAGCCAGCACCGUGGAGCAAAGCCCUUCUCCCCCUGGUUUUACCAGCCUCUAAGGACCUUGUGGGGGUGGGUGGCAUCACCCCUUCUCCCAGGCUUGUCAGCCCUGUCCUGACAUCUGCCCUUGGGUUUGUGACCCCCUCUUUGUUCCCUGUGAAUAGCAAAAAAAAGCAAAUGCAAAAUGCACCCACCAGACAAAGCUUGCAAGAGAAAUGAGCUGGA